GGAGGAAAUUUAAUGAAGACUUGGUGCUAAAAUCCUCCAUCACAUCAUCUGAAACCCUGAAGUCUUCUUCUGUGGUGUCUUUGCUGGUAGCUAAGAGCAGAAAAGCUUGGUGAUGUGUGGACACCUCCUCCUGCUGAUGUCCUGCAGACGAUAACGGACAGAAACUAACUCCUGGGUCUGAGGACAACAGAUAAAAUGGGAACUGAAACUAGGAGACUCUUUUUUCCUUCCAGCUGGGUCAUGUGACUCAUCGUGGAGGAUGAUCAGUCAGCCUUGAGCAGUGGGCAGGAGGUUUAAGGAGAGCCAAAGGAUCAUGGGAGAUGGAGGACCGCUGCAGACUGAGGGGAACGCCCUCCUCAAAGCUGUCUUCCAGGGGAAGCUGAGGCUAACCCGCCUGCUGCUAGAGGGUGGAGCCUACAUCAAUGAGGGCAAUGAGCGUGGAGAGACGCCCAUCUCCGCCGCCUGCUUAGCGAGCUACGAUGAGCCGCAGACCCGGCAGAGGAUGGUUCGGUACCUGCUGGAGAAAGGAGCAGACCCCAACAUCCCUGAUAAAACUGGGCGCACGGCAUUGAUGCACGCCUGUGCUGAGCAGGCCGGGAAGGAGGUGGUGACCUUGCUGCUGGAGAACGGAGCGGAUCCCAGCCUCAAAGACUACUCCGGUUCCUCUGCCCUCAUCCAUGCCAUCAACCAGGGAGACCGGGACACCCUGCAGGUGCUCCUAGAUGCCUGCAAGGCCAAAGGCAAAGAGGUGAUCAUUAUCACCACUGACACAUCUCCAUCAGGCACCAAGAAGACCAAACAGUACCUCAACUCGCCUCCCUCCCCAGGUAUUGUGGACAAACUUUCUCCAGCCUGCAUGUCACCGUCUGAGGUGGAAAUUGGCACCGCCUCACCUGCAGGAGACCAGAGCCAAAAUGAGGGGAUCUUUAGCUUCGCCCUCACUUCAGCAUUACCUUUACCAUCAGCACAACCUUCAGGUGAGAAGAGACUGCCACCCCGCAAGCUGCUGAAGCGGUUGAAUUCAGAGCCCUGGGGCCUGGUAGCACCAUCUGUGCUGAGCGGGGUUCCUCAGGACCGGCUGGAUCAAGGUCUGGAGGAGGAUGGCAGCUUUGACUUAAGCAGGGCGAUCACUGAGAUGAAUGGUCUGUCCAUUGCAGCUUCGGCCAGACCUCUGUUAUCACGGCGACACAGCAUCGAGACCCACGACCCCUGUUCCCCAAAACCCAUCGACCGAUCCUGCUCUGCAGACUGUACAGCAUUGUCAGCUCCAUCCUGGGCCGACAAGGUCCAGCAGCACCAAAUCCUGUACAGAAGAAACACAGCUCCAGAACCGCAGGAGAACACUGCAGGGCCCGCAGUGGGUCGGGUCAUGGCUCACCCCAAACUGACUCGGAUGGAGCACUAUGAGUCAGACUCCCACCUCUGCCCUGAAUCCAUCCCAGGAUCACCAGAUUCUGGACGAGUGUCUGUGGAGCGGAGGAGGUACAAUGCCUCCCCCUUGUCCCUGGUAACCUGUUCCUCCAGAGAGUCUUUAGAAAAUAUCCCUAACUCUGUGUCCCCCAUCACCAUGCGCCGGCGGCCCUCAGGUCUCCUGGAGCGCCGGGGCUCUGGGACCCUCCUGUCGGACCACAUAUCUCACACCAGACCAGGCUUCCUGCCCCCACUCAACAUCAACCCCCAAAGACCAAUCCCGGAUAUCCGCGCCAAUGGCAAGCCCACCUCUCCCAUCCACUCAGGACUCAAGAUCCUGGUCCCAGUGGCCCCAGCCUCGCCCAAACGGGGUCCUGACUUUAAGAUGAAGAAAAAGCUGAUGAGGAGACACUCGAUGCAGACGGAGCAAAUGAAGCAGCUCUCGACCUUCCAGGAGAUCCUGGCUGAGAAGGUUGUUGAGUCCAACGGGGACUGAUGACCAGUGGGAGCUGAGCAUGAUGGGAAGAUUUAAAACCAGGUUCUGGUCUCUCAGGAGAUCUGCACCAAAGAGGAAUUUAUUAAACCCCCAAUUCAACCCAGAUCUGAUUGUCCAGGAGGUUCUGUUGGAGAAGUUUAAGUCAAACCAACACCAUAUCCAACAAGAACAAGUUCAACAUUCAAGGUCAUCAAUGUCCUCUCGAC